AUGUCUUCUCUUCUCCUGGCCCCCUUUAAUGAUUCUAUGCGCCUGGGACAAGGCUACAACUCCUUCCUGCAAACGCCCUGCCUCGGAAAUGCAGUAGAUAUCAGUAAUUCCUCCUUGGUUGAUUCCAAAGGCGGGAACGCUCAGUCUCAGACUGUCUCCUACUCUGCACGAUUCGUUGAGAAAAUGUCUGAUGUCGUUCAAGCUAUGAACAUUUCGGCGGGAUCAUCCAUCCGGACGGGCUCCGUGAGUGUCUCCGGCGGCGGUAAUAAUAUUGAUGAGAUUAAGUUUGCCGAGAGUGAUCUCAACGCUGUAAUCUCCGUCAAGGUCGUCAACCAGACGCGCAAUCUCCGAGAGAACUUAUCCUUCAAGGAGAUUGCGGUCCAAGACAUGACGAGUGAUCAAUUCCAUGAGAUUUAUGGAAAUACCUUCAUUUCCGGUUUUAUUGAAGGAGGUGACUUGCAUGGAAUUAUAAGCAUCAAAACCAUCGAUGCCUCAAAGAAAUCAGAGGUCAAGAACGCACUCCGAAGCCAGUUCAAUGGAACGCAGUCGGAGUGGUCCCCAUCGUCAAAUGCUGUUCUUGGCGAAGCCCUCCGGCAAUCUGAAGUCACCGUCACUGUCAACUGGUCCGGUGGUGGCAUCAUCAAACCGCCCAGUGAAGAGUGGACUAUUGACUCCCUCAUUCGCGUCUCGAGCGCGUUUGCGGACAAUGUCGCCCAGUGUCCCCAGCGAACUUGGGCCAUCUUGACAAGAUACGACACGGUGCCGAAUUUUGUUGUUUGGUCUCGAGGACUUGAUACACCCAUCGUUGUGAGACGGUACGAGGGUGUUCAGAGAUACACUUCCGAGCUGCUUGAUAUGUACAUCGAAUACAAGGGCAACUUACUCAUUCUCAAUGAUGCUAUUCGUCAUCAGGAUAGAUACGAGGAGGCCAAGAGCGAUGAUCGAAUUGCACUGGCGCUAAAAUCUCUCAUAGAGGCUCGGAAGUCACUGCGUGCCGAGAUGGGCAAGAUUGCAGCCAAAAUUGAACUACUUGAUAAGAGCCCUGUUUCAAUCGACUCCGUGCAGAGAGAGGAGAUCACGGAGCCCGAACUAUGGCGUGCGAGGCUUCCGUUUCGCAAGGACAUUGCAAUCGAGGCCGCUAGUACUCAAAGCCUAGUUGAAACACUGUUCAAAGGGCUUCCUAUCCAUCCUGAACUUGGAGACAAACCAGGUCUGUCGGAGCAACUCAGUGAAAAGGAACUUCAGUUGAAACUGGCUCAAUCAGAGGAGACAAAAAACGCCAUUCUGAAGAGUCUCGAGGAAGCAAACACUCAGAUCACCCAACUUACGCUGAAGCUCACUCAAGCCGAGGAGACUAAGAAUGCGACUUCUAAGAGCCUGGAUGAGGCAAAGGCAGAGAUUUCCCAGCUCAAGAACAAACCACCGGAAAUAAACUCGUUCGCUUGGUGGCGUCGAGAAGGCCUAUGCCCUCAAGGACAACGUGGGAUAAUGCCUCGUUACAUCAGAGAAUGGGCUGCAAGAAAUUCAGAUAAAUGGUCUGACUGUCGCAUAUCAUACCAUUUCAGUGGUUUGAAACCGUGGGAUAAGGAUGGGUCGGACAGGUUCGAGUGUACUCUAGAUCACAUAGGGCCAGAGGAUAAGUAUGUCGUGAAAGUCGAGGUUUUCAUGAGGGCGACAUAUAUCUGCGGACUCAAGGUUUACUAUGUCUCGAAGAAAAUGGUGCAACAUGGAGAUUGCACAUCAUUAAUCAUGAGGUGUACAGAGAGCCUGUCAAGUGAAGACAUGGGUUGGGUCAUAGCUUGCUCAUCUGCGGUAAACCGCCGACCUUCGACCUUAGAUUUAGUUGGCUCUGACGCCCAGAAGUCCACGAUCCAAGCGGCCGAUGCGGGAAGCCCUGGAAGCUCUGCUCAAAGUUUCGCUAUGGCGCCUGGAGGAUAUUUUCUAAGAGGAUUUUGGACACAGUAUGACGGUGAUGGGUUCCAGAGAUUAGGCUUUGUCUGGGGUCGCAACCCAGAGAUAACUAAUCCCUCUACAGACUUCAUUCAUCGCCCUUAG